AUGGCAAAUAAAUUAUAUAAAAUUGGUUUAAUAAGACCUUUUUUUUCCUCCUCAUCAUUAUUAUCAAAUAGUUACAGAGUUGGUGGUUGUAAUAGCGCAUUUAGAUAUUUAACAUCAAUUAAUCAAAAUGAAAAUAAUAGUUCAAUAAAUAAUGAAGGUGUCAAUCAUAAUAAUAAUAAUAAAACUACAAAUAUAAAUAUAUCAAAUGUUACAUUAGAGUUAUUCCAACCAAAAAUAUCAGUUGUUGGGGUUGGAGGUGGUGGCGGUAAUGCUAUUAAUCAUAUGAUAUCAAAUGAUUUAAAUGGUGUUAAGUUUUAUGUAUGUAAUACAGAUCACCAAGAUUUAAUUAAAUCAAAAAGUAUAAAUAAAAUUCAGUUGGGACCAGAGCUAACAAGAGGACAUGGUGCAGGUGCAAAUCCAAGUAAAGGUAGAUUAGCAGCUGAGGAGAGCAAGAAUCAAAUAAUUCAUUCAUUUGGUGAUUCAGAUUUAUUAUUUUUAGCAGCUGGUUUAGGUGGUGGUACAGGCACUGGAUCUUCACCAAUUAUUGCAAAAACAAUCAAAGAGCAUAAAAAAGAUACAAUUAUUGUUGGUGUUGUAACAGUGCCAUUUAAAUUUGAGGGUAAAAGAAAAGAAAUUAUAGCAAAAGAAGGUUUGGAAGAAUUAAGUAAAUAUGUAGAUACAUUGGUUGUAAUAUCAAACCAAAAUUUAUUGGAUAAUACAGAUGAGUCGAUACAAUUAGAUCAAGCAUUUUUAAUGGUCGAUGACAUUCUUCAUACAGGCAUUAGAUCCAUUACAAAUAUUAUUAAUGUACCAGGUAUGAUAAAUUUAGAUUAUAGCGAUAUUGCAAAUAUUUUAACAAAUAGAAAAGGUUUAUCAAGAAUGGGUUUUGGUGAGGCUUCAGGUGAAGAUAGAGCCUAUAAAGCAGUCCACAAGGCAAUGAAAAACCCUCUCAUCGAAAAAGAUGAUCACAAAUUCACUGGGUUACUUGUAAAUAUUAGUGGUGGUAAUGAUAUUACACUUAAAGAAAUUAGUAAAGCAACUUUAUAUCUUCAACAACAUGCAGAUCCAGAUGUUCAAAUUUUUAUAGGCCAUAAUGUUGAUAAUUCUUUAUUGGGUAAAAUAAGAAUCUCUUGUUUAUUUGUACAUUAA